AUGACUAUUCCGGCCAGGCUCAAACGUAACGCUAAUCAUCUGUCGACUUCAGCGCACGAUGCGAAGAAGCCCAAGGCGAAUGGUAGCAUCACAUCCUUUUUUGGAGUUCCCAAGGCCAAGUCGGUGAAGACCCAACCGUUGACCACAUCGUCUCCAUCCCCUAGCUUCGACAAGGCGAAAUGGGUGGCAUCGUUAACGCCAGAGCAACAGAAACUUCUUCAGCUGGAGAUUGAUACCUUACAUGAGAGCUGGCUGGCGAAGCUCAAAGAGGAAUUGGUGACUCCAGAGUUCCUGGGUCUAAAGAGAUUCUUGCAGAAGGAGAAGGACUCGGGAGCAAAGAUCUUCCCCCCAGAAAAUGAGAUCUAUUCUUGGUCUCGGCAUACACCGUUGAACCAAGUAAAAGUGGUCAUCGUCGGUCAAGAUCCAUACCACAACCAUAACCAGGCCCAUGGCCUGGCUUUCUCCGUCCGACCUCCAACUCCUGCUCCUCCAUCUCUGGUCAACAUCUACACCGGAAUCAAGAAUGACUAUCCGACCUUCCAGCCACCACCAAACAAAGGCGGCCUUCUGAUACCAUGGGCUGAGCGGGGAGUACUCAUGCUUAACACCUGCCUGACUGUCCGCGCACACCAGGCGGCGAGUCACUCAAACAAAGGCUGGGAGCGGUUCACGCAAAAAGCAAUUGACCUCGUGGCUCGUGUCCGCACGAACGGUGUCGUAUUCCUCGCUUGGGGCUCGCCAGCUGGGAAGCGUGUAGCAAGUAUCAACCGGCAAAAGCAUUGUGUUUUGCAAUCGGUCCAUCCCAGUCCCCUCAGCGCUCACAGGGGUUUCUUCAACAAUGGACAUUUCAAGAAGUGUAACGAGUGGCUUGCCGAACGUUACGGACCGGAUGAGGUCAUUGAUUGGAGUCUGACUUCGAAGACGAACACGACGGCAGGGACCUCACCUGUGGUUGUUACGAGUCCUUCUACUGCAAGCAAACAGUUGAAGACUGACUCUGUAAAAUUGUCCGAAGUGGGACCUUUAGAAGGAAAGAAGAAUACAGCAACCAAAACUAUUGAGAGUAGUGAACUCAGCGACGAGUUUGACGAGGAUAUUGAUACUGUGGAGGCUCUAGCGGCAACUGAAGCAGCGGCUCAAACGGUCUGA